GCUACCGAGAGGGCGGGCAUCCAGUAGUGUGGCGCAGCCAUGUCGGGCCCGGCGCGUGCGCGCCUUCACGCGCUACAUCUUGUGCCCGCUGCUCUUCUGAUAUUCUUCUGGAGUCCAACUCCUGUUUCUACAGUGGUCUGUAAUCAGACUCUGUGUGAUUGUCGUGGAAUAAAAGGAGAUCAAGGAAGCAUAGGCCCUCCGGGCAUCCCAGGCCUUCAAGGGGACUACGGAGCAGAUGGACUCGAAGGAAGAAUUGGUUUACCCGGUGUGCCGGGAGACUGGGGAGAACGCGGAGAUUUCGGGGACAAAGGAGAACGAGGAACCGAAGGAUCUUAUGGCCGACGAGGAGACGAAGGACCACAGGGUCUGCCUGGGUUAGAAGGAGUAUUUGGAUUCCCAGGAUUGGACGGCUGUAGUGGUAUUGAUGGAGUUCAAGGCGUUCCCGGUAUACAAGGUCCACCUGGUGAUAGAGGUAUUCCAGGACCUUACGGAGAAAAAGGCCUUCAAGGCUUGGCAGGAGAAGGUGGAGUUAACUCAAGAGGUGCAAAAGGAGAUCAAGGAGAUGGUGGUAGACCAGGUAGUUAUGGACUUCCUGGACCCCAGGGUUGGAGAGGAGACAGUGGUCUACCCGGAGACGAGGGUGAUCAAGGCCCAAUGGGCUUAAAAGGAGAACCUGGAUAUAGUGGCGACUUGGGUGAAGAUGUCAUAGGACCAGCUGGAGAAAAGGGAGAUCAAGGCAAUGUUGGUGAUAGAGGAAGACCUGCCUCUCUAGUAAUUGUCGAUGAAGUACGAGAGUACAACAUUUCAAUAACAAGGGGGUCAAAAGGUGAAAAAGGAUUACGUGGACAGCAAGGUGUAAAAGGAAUUAAAGGAGAAACAGGUUCUGUGGGUCUAAGGGGAACUUAUGGACCUAAUGGACUACAAGGCUACAAAGGAGAUCAGGGUGACGACGGACCUCGGGGCAAGCCUGGACACCGAGGACCACAAGGGCCGCCUGGACAAAAAGGCAUUAAAGGUGCUCCUGGAUAUGCGGGACCGGAUGGUGCGAAUGGUUUAACAGGACCCAGUGGAGAAGAUGCAAGACCGGGAAAUCCUGGCCCGCAAGGCUUUUCCGGAGAACCUGGAAUAUUCGAUGAGACACUAAACGAACCUUUACUACCAGGUUCGAUGGGUCCACAAGGUCCAGUUGGCUUUGUCGGGCCUAUGGGAGCACCUGGAUUAGACGGUGCAGUUGGCCAGCCUGGCUUAAUGGGACCACCAGGGCUACCAGGAGCUAAAGGCCUACCUGGUCCACAAGGUGCUCCAGGUAUAUCGCCCAAGGGAGAACCCGGAGAUGAUGGUUUUAAAGGUCUGCCUGGCCCACGUGGCCCUAACGGAUAUCCAGGAAUACAAGGACCUGUUGGUCCUAAAGGUUUUAAAGGAAACACAGUAAUUGGGGAACCUGGUGAAGAGGGCACCCCAGGAAUAGAUGGCAUUCCAGGUUUAAGGGGUGACAGGGGUGAACCAGGUGCAAUCGGACCAGCAGGAUAUCCUGGCAGGGGCGUUUACGGUGCUGGACCGCCGGGUGAUCGAGGCCCACCCGGAAGACCUGGAAUAGCUGGAAGCCCUGGUAAUCCGGGUCGUCCUGGAUCGCCUGGUCUAAAAGGAGAACAUGGAGAUGACUGUCCAUUUUGUCCUUCGGGUCUGCCUGGCAGUAAAGGGCAGAAAGGAGACGAUGGUUUUACUGGUCGUCAAGGAUUCCCAGGUUUUGUUGGCCUACCAGGACCUCGUGGUCAACGUGGAGCUCCAGGGAUACCUGGAAUAAAUGGUCCAAAGGGGCCAAAGGGUAAUAAAGGGCUUGCUGGUAUGGCAGGACCUCAAGGACCAAAAGGACCUGAAGGACGUUUGAAUACACCUGCAUAUGCCUUAACCGUAGCAGACCGCGGUCCUCGCGGUGAACCAGGUUUUAUCGGACCACCGGGUUUUCCUGGGGACACUGGUCGACAAGGACCUCACGGAGAUUCAGGAAUCACUGGAUUCAAAGGUGUGCGCGGUGACUUCGGCCAACCCGGAACUCCUGGAAGAAACGGAUCCCGUGGAAGGGAUGGAGUACCUGGAUGGCCCGGAGCUACUCCGGAUAUUCCGAUGGCUUUUCUUUUCGGUGAAAAAGGAGAUAUGGGUUUAACUGGCGAAGAAGGAGAUAAGGGAGAAAUUGGCCCACCUGGAGAAACUGGAGAAUCACUGAUUGAUGGCAUUUAUGCUAAAGGAGAAAAAGGAUAUCCAGGAUACCCUGGCUUCAAUGGUGUACCCGGGAGAAAAGGUAUUCGAGGGGAUCAGGGUUCAGAUGGGUACCCAGGUAUGGGAGGUGAUAUUGGAAUACAGGGUACAUCACAACAAGGACCAAAGGGCUUCAAAGGAUUUAGUGGAGAAAAAGGUAGCAUUGGGCCAUACGGUGAUCCAGGUAGUCCUGGUUACCGGGGACCCUUUGGCAGCGAUGGUCAAAAAGGACAAAAAGGUAUGCGUGGUGACGGUGGCUACGCAACUUUGCCAGGAGAAAGAGGAUCAAACGGAAUAAACGGAGAACGAGGCGAUAAUGGAGAGCCUGGUUAUCCUGGGACUCCCGGAAGAUCUGGAGUUAUAGGUCAGAAAGGCGUAACUGGAGCGCCUGGAGAUAUAGGACCUGAUGGACCACCUGGACCUCGGGGACGAAAAGGUUUCCCCGGGAUAAUAAUACAAGGUGCACCUGGACUACCUGGACGUCCAGGAUCACCUGGUCCGAUGGGACCUAUUGGUGCACAAGGCUUACAAGGAAGUAACGGCCUACAAGGUUUUACAGGACCUAAAGGAAUGAAAGGAAACUCAGGAAGAUAUGGGCGUCGCGGUGAGCCUGGUGUACCUGGGUCGAUAGGGUUCACUGGAUUUUCUGGAUUAAUGGGAUUACCUGGAGCCAGUGGAAAGCCAGGAGAGCGAGGUGAUAAAGGUGCUCCUGGUUUUAAUGGAGAGCCUGGUCAAGAUGGUUUAGUAGGGCCUCUAGGACCUAAAGGCUAUAUAGGUAACCCAGGCUUAACAGGAAAACCAGGUAUUCCAGGCUUACCAGGAGGAAAGGGAGAACGUGGAAUUUAUGGUUAUCAAGGACCAAAAGGAGACCGAGGAGAUAACGCGGUUUCUGGAUCAAAAGGAGAACCCGGUGAACAUGGCAUAAAUGGUUAUACAGGGAGAGAUGGAAUACCCGGACAAAAAGGAGUUAAGGGUCCUCAAGGAAUGCCUGGUUUAAGCAUACGAGGUCCGCCUGGUACUAAAGGUGAUAAAGGAGAUACAGGUUUCUCAGGGACACCUGGUUUCCAAGGACCAAGAGGUGCUAUAGGUGACAAAGGUUUCCCUGGGCAAACAGGAGAACCAGGUGAAAAAGGUUUGCCGGGUACUGAUGGAUUCGCAGGUAAAAAUGGAUUAAUUGGUACGAAAGGACAGCAGGGUCUAUAUGGAGCAUCAGGUAGAAAGGGUGACCGUGGCGACAGAGGAAUGGAUGGUGAGCCUGGACGAAUCGGCAUUCCGGGAUUACCUGGUAAUAAAGGUUUUCAAGGACCACAAGGACGUAUAGGCCCCACAGGAAUCAAGGGUGAUCGCGGUGAUAUUGGUAGAACCAUUUAUCUACCAGCUACUAAAGGAGACAUUGGUGAUAUUGGGUUCCCCGGCCUUCCUGGUAAUCCAGGAGAAUAUGGAGACCCUGGAUAUACUGGACAUAUUGGUAGAAAAGGAGAGCAGGGUGAUGUUGGAAUCAAAGGAAUGGUCGGCAACGAGGGUCUUCCAGGUUUCAUUGGAGAAAGAGGUGACCAAGGACCUCGUGGUUUACCUGGUCGAAACGGUGAAUUUCCUGAAAGAGGCGAACAAGGUAAAGCAGGAAUUGACGGAUUACCAGGAUGGCCUGGUCCCAUGGGUCAAAAAGGAGCUCCAGGAGAAUAUGGAGUAGAUGGUCCUGAAGGCACACCAGGUCAACCGGGAUUAACAUAUGAAGGAGCGAAAGGUGAUCGUGGUAUGCCUGGUUUUACGGGACGCCGAGGAUACCUAGGGAUACCAGGACCGCGGGGGAUGGAGGGACAUCCUGGAUUAAAAGGUGAAAAAGGAAAUGCAGGUGAAAUAGGUUUUGCCAUUAGUCCCAAGGGCCAACCUGGAUAUCCGGGUUUGGCUGGUUACAAUGGAUUAAAAGGUGAAAAAGGUACAAUCGGAGAAACUGGAAGAAUUGGAAUUUACGGAGAACAAGGCUUAGUCGGGGUCAAAGGAGAGACAGGCGACGAAGGUGAAGCUGGAUUCAUCGGACCCCCCGGUCUACAAGGAAUAGAAGGAGACAAAGGAGAUACUCUGCUUCCAUCAGAUAUUUUACCUGGACAACCUGGUGAUGUUGGAUUGCCAGGAUUUGAUGGACGGGAUGGUGUAGCAGGAAUCCCAGGGUCUUUUGGUCGAAAUGGUUACCUGGGUGUCAAAGGGCAAAGGGGAGAAAUAGGAUUACAAGGUCCUCCUGGAGAACCAGGCCCUCAAGGGCUACAAGGUAUCAAAGGUAAACGAGGGCUUAAAGGUUUCGUUGGAUUGCAUGGCAGCGUCGGUCGUCCCGGUCCACCAGCACCUCCACCUCCAAUACCCAAAUCUAGAGGAUUUUAUUUCACGGUUCAUUCACAAACAAGAUUGAUACCGAAAUGUCCAUCUGGAACAUCACCGCUUUGGGAAGGCUUUUCGUUAAUUCAUAUAAUCGCUAAUGGAAAAGCUCACGGUCAAGAUCUCGGCGCUCCAGGUAGUUGUCUCCGUAAAUUCUCCACAAUGCCGUAUUUGUUUUGCAAUCUAAAUAAUGUUUGCGACUUUGCCCAACGAGAAGACUACAGCUUUUGGCUAUCUACUCCAGAACCAAUGCCCAUGGCAAUGACGCCGAUUCAAGCCAGAGACGUCGGCACAUAUAUUUCUCGAUGUCAAGUAUGCGAAGCUCCAACUAGGACAAUCGCUAUACACAGUCAGAGCAGUGAGGUGCCGACAUGUCCAGAUAAAUGGAAGGAGUUGUGGGUGGGCUACAGCUUUUUAAUGCAUACCGCGGGCGCAGACGCAUCAGGACAGAGCCUCAUCUCACCUGGUUCAUGCUUACGAGAGUUCAGGACACGACCGUUCAUUGAAUGUAAUGGUCUCGGACGUUGUAACUAUUUCGCUACUGCUGUCUCAUACUGGCUGUCUACAAUAAACGACAACUGGAUGUUCCAAAAACCCAUACAGGAAACAUUAAAAACUGAUAAAGACUCAAGAGUCAGCAGAUGUACGGUGUGCAUGAGACAAUGGGCAUCUCAGACGUAUAGCACCGCAACGAGAACCGGUGAUGUUAGCUUUGUACCCAACGCCCAACGACGACCUUUCCGUGGGCCAAGCCCUACAGGCAGAGUACCACGGUGGCACCGCAGAGGUUAUCGUGUCGCCUCGCGGAAGGUACCUUCGUUUAACAAACAUUAACUAUCUUUGAGAUAGAGUAAAUUUAAUUAUUUUUUUCAUAUUUCAUGUAAAACAAUGUUCUAAUUUAUCUAUGACACAAUACAAGUGUGUUACUGAUACCGAUUGAAAUCACUGCCUUUUAAGUUGAACAUGUAAAAUUUUAUAAUGUUAUUUUUUACUAAGUACUCGUUGUUUUGACCUAAUAAGUAUCUGCACCCGAUUAAUUAUAAUUUAAUUAUGUACUUUUACUAAAUAACUAAUUAUAGUUAUUCGAAUAUACCUAAUACUGUUAGAAAAUAUUUUGAAACGGUGUUUGUUUAAAAUUACAAAGAACGAAAUAGCCAAUAAAUGUAGUUUAAUUAUGAACUGCCUUAUGGAAUAAAUAGCCAAUGCAAGGCUACUAGCUAUUAUUCUUUUAAGGACACAUUAUUGUAAAUAAUAGUAUUUAGCUACUUGUAUGAACUUCAAUAAAUCGAGUUAUACAGAA